CGCCAUCGACCUAUUCGCCGGACACCAGACAGAACCACCAAACACCACAGCAUUGGAGAUACUGGGUUCGGAUAGUGGAGUUCACAAUCUUCCCCGCUCGUCCCCUCUUCGGAGGAUGACGGGUGUGGCUCCGGCCCUGGAAAGAGCGCCGCUAUUCAUCGUCCACGAUGGGCUUGCACUCGGAUCCGCCGCCACUGCACCCGUUCAGCGAGGACAAGCCGACGCUGCUGGUGUGCUGGUGGAUCACCAGCUUCUGCGCCGUCAUCAUCACGCUGCGGGUCAUUGGGCGCUUUAUCCGGACCGAGAAGCUCUUCAGGGAGGACAAGACGGCCGCCCUGGCCCUCGUGCCUCUGUUCCUGCGCAUGGGCUGCGUGCAUGUCAUUCUGGUGUAUGGCACCAACAAUGCCCAGCUUGAAGGAGCCGGACUCUCGGAGGAGGAUCUUCACAUGAAGUCUAUCGCUAGUGGGCUGGUUUUGCUGAGCAGGGUGCUCUACGCCGCGACCCUCUGGAUCCUCAAGUGCGCCAUCCUCGAAUUUUUCAGGCGGCUCAAUGUCAACUGGCGACGGACUUACGACCUGGGCCUCAUGUUUCUGCGCGGGGUCCUCAUCACGACAUUCGUCGCCGUCGUGAUAAGUGACCUGGCUGAAUGCCAGCCCUUCUCCCACUACUGGCAGGUGCUCCCGGAUCCAGGGGGCCGUUGCCGCCAGGGAUACGCGCAGCUUCUGACCAUGGCCGUCUGCAAUGUUCUCACCGACCUGAUGCUGGUGUUCUUCCCGGUCCCCGUCAUCCUCAGCAGCUCCAUGAGCGCUAAGCGCAAGCUGCAGCUCGUGCUGCUCUUCUCCCUCAGCCUCGCCCCGGUCGCCGUCACCCUCUACCGAGUGCCGCACAUUAUCGAGAAGAACGGAGGUCAACAGACCCGGUCGUUGUAUGCCUCGGUCGAACUGCUCUUCGCAACCGGAGCGGCGAACGCCUUGGUGUUAGGAUCAUUCGUGCGCGACAGGGGCGUGAAGAAGAAGAGGUUCAAGUACGACUCGAUCGCGGCCGGCUCCGUGGACCGCUCCUCUGCCUCUGACACCCGGCGCCCAACCGCCUUGAGGCAUUGGGGCAGCGACGAGGAUUUAGUCCGAGAUAUGGGAUAUGGCGUGAAGCCGGAAUUACGAGAUGUGAACCCUUCGCCAACCGAGAACCGACAAUACUUCCCUGCCCCGGUGGCUAGCCCGCCCGGGGACAUGAACUCAUGGCAAUUCCCCAGACAGGGAUCACCUAGCAUGUCACGGAGCGAAGACCCAGGUGAUAAGUCGACCAACAGAAGCGAUUCGUCCGCCACGCACCGGAGGGUGUCAUUCUUCGACUACGGUGGUCUACUAGACGACCAGCCACUAGGGAAACGGCCUAGCACGUCCAGCGACCAAUCGGGCCCACCAAUCACCACACCUGAUAUAGCAGUUCCCGCAAGCGGCAGCGGAUUCCGGAGAGGAUCGGUGGCCCUGCUACAGGACCUCGGCGGGUUUCUUUCACCGUCGAGCUCAAGCCCCAGGCAAUCGAAACCAAAGUCCAAGGUCAGGAACGGCGGUGAGCUUUCGCCCAUCGUGCAAUCUCGGAAAGGGUCCAUGAGCUCGCCAUCACCGAACCGAAACGCAUCCCCGCCACCGGAGGAGUUGGAGCUGAUGGACGUCGGCGGUUUGCUGGAGGCUCAGACCCACAGGCGCUGAGUCGUCUGUUGGCUUCUUGCGAAUCGAAAACAAACAUAGAACAUAAUACACAACCAAUACCUGCCAGCGGCAGGGGCAUGUCGCAUCGCAAUGCGAGAUAAAGUAAAGGAGAGAAGGCGCAAAACAGGCGUUACUGGAUAGAGGAGAGGAGAAGAUGGUCGGAGUAUUCAUGAGUGGGAGGCGUUUUAGAUUUACUGGCGUUUCGGGCGUUUCGGGCACUGCACAUCA